AUGAGUUCAAACCCAAUCUAUGAUCGUGUCCAAGAUCGUUAUGGCGACUUGGCUGAUCGCGCUUCCACCAGCGAGGAGAAGACAGCCGAGCAAAAUAUUGCCCAAGCAUUCGGCUACGAGGCUGCAGACCUCAGCUCAAUUCCCCAGGCUGCAAACCUCGGAGUGAGCUGUGGAAAUCCCUUAGCCCUUGCCAACCUGCGAGAGGGCGAGACAGUGAUUGAUCUGGGAAGUGGUGGUGGCAUCGACGUUCUGCUGGCCGCCAAGAAAGUCGGCCCCAAAGGGAAAGCCAUUGGUGUGGACAUGACGAAGAGCAUGCUUGAACUCGCUCGCAAAAAUGCGGAGAAAGCGGGUGCUUCUAACGCAUCCUUCAUUGAAGCCUCGAUCACAUCUAUACCUCUGCCAGACGCCACCGCCGACUGCAUCAUCAGCAACUGCGUGGUAAACCUUGUUCCUACAGUUGACAAGCAUCUUGCGUUCAACGAGAUGUUCCGCUUGCUGCAACCUGGAGGUCGUCUUGCCAUCAGUGAUAUUCUGACUCGAAGGGAGCUCCCACAAGAAGUGGUCAACAGUCUAUCUUUCUACGUUGGGUGCAUCGCAGGGGCAAGCCAGGUUCGCGAGUAUGAGAAGUACCUCUCCGAGGCGGGAUUCAAAGAUAUCGUUAUCGUCGACACCCAGAGUGACAUCAAUGUUUACAAGGAUUUGGUUCAAGGGCAAAUGGAUGCUGGAGAGACGAGCGACCAGUCGGAACCAGCUGGUUGCUGUGGAGGAGCACCAGGAAAGAAUGCUACUGAAGGAGACUUGCUAGAGUAUGACUUCAAUGAAUGGGCUGGCUCAUUUCAAAUUUAUGCUGUCAAGCAGUAG